AUGUUUGCAGCACGUAAUCUGCAGUUGAUCCGACCUGCACAGCAAUCUAUAUGCAGGAGUUCUACAAACGCCGCUUCAGCGACCUCAGACCUGGUAUAUCCUGAGUCACAAAGUCCCAAUCACCAUGAUCUUCCGAGCUUUCUAGAAUACGCCUCCCGCAUUUCCAUGGAUGAGAAGAGUACCACUUAUGUGGGUACCCACUAUGAAUAUACCGCUCAGUCGGCACUGGAACGGCUAGGCAUGACCCUCAAACGGAUCGGUGGGAAGUCAGACUACGGGAUUGACCUGCUAGGAACAUGGUCGCUGCCGUCUGCCGCGGAACCCCUGAAGGUGCUAAUUCAAUGCAAGGCAUUUGCCCGCAAGAUUGAACCUUCUCAAGCAAGAGAGUUGGAAGGCGCGUUUGUUGGUGCCCCUAUGGGUUGGAGAGGUAAAGGUGUCCUAGGCCUGCUUGUCUCGCAGAAGUCAGUUACUAAGGGCGUGAGGGAGGCUCUUGGCAGGAGUCGCUGGCCGAUGGGUUAUGUGCUCUGCACACCUGAGGGGAAGAUCUUGCAGAUGGUGUGGAAUAGGAGAGCAGAAGCUGAAGGGUUGGAAGAAAUCACAGUGAACUUGAAGUAUACGGGUGGUGAUGCUGCUCAGAAGGAGGUGCUUUUGACGUGGAAGGGUAACGGCAUCAACUGA